CGCUGUUACUGCAGCUGCCAUUCUAUUUAGCUUUAGCGCUUUCUCUUUAUGUAAACAAAAGAAAGGUUCCGCCUCGGAGGGGAAAUAACUGAGGAGCACAAACCGAUUUGCUGCAUUGCUGAAGCAGCGCAUUUGCCCUGUGGUCAAUGGAGUCACUCAAUACGUUUGAGUCUGAGAUGGAGCCUGAUGGGCAGACAAACUACUCCCUGUUUCCUGCUCUGGACAGUAUUGCAAGUCUGUCAGGGACAACAGAGAACAUUGAGAGUGAACCUCCCAGUGAAAUUACUGAGAAACCAAAUCUCACGUGGCUUGAUGCUGCUCAGAUUGUCCUGGAGGAAGCUGGGCGUCCCAUGCACAUAAAGGAGAUUAAGCAAAGAAUCAUCAAUAGGGGCCUUGUUCAGUCUAAUGCAAAAUCAAGCCUGGAAGCCGUCAUGUAUCGUGAGACCCAAAAAGGCAGCAGGCGUUUCAAGAGGAUUGAAAACAGAAAUGGAGUCUUUGCCUUACUGACUGAUGAGGAGCGGCAGCAGGCCCUCACCGCCCAGGCUUUCCUCAGCUCGGCGCCACCGGCCCCGCAGAGUGGAGCUUCCAGCUCUGGCUCCGGCGCCUCGGUGCCGGCCUUCCCAUCUCCCCCGAGUUCCUCCGAUCAAAAACCAAAGUUAAAGAGGGGUCAGCGGAAAAAGCAGAAUGAGAAGUACAGAUUGAAGUACUUGAGGCUGCGCAAAGCUGCUCGCACCAUGAUAUUUGAAAAUGCGGCCCUUUGUGAUGAAAUUGCUCACACAGAAGAGAAGUUCUUAAGAGCAAAAGAGGAACGCAAGUUCUUAUUAAAGUCUUUGAUGCAGUACCAGACUUUUUCAGAGGGGGAGCUCCUGCCUACUCCCGCUUCCAGCUCUCUUCCUCCUGCCCCACCUGCAGCCCUGAGCUCAGCUCCUGCUGCAGGGCCUUCAGCCACAUCUUUGCCUCAUAACCCGAUGUCUGUGGUGCCAAUGGGUGAAGAUGGUCUGCUUAAAAAAACGAAGAAGGAAAGAAAAGAACGUGGGAAAGAAAAUGGAAAGGAAGAAUUUCAGAAGAAGAUGUCCAAGAAGAAGAAGCUGGCAGAUGGCUCACGCAGACUGGUGCAGCCCAUCCCACUGGACUCGUCGGGCCGCCCCGUGUUUCCUAUCGUACUUGGAGGUUUAACCAUCUACAGCCUAGGAGAGAUCAUCACGGACAGAAUGCUGUUCCAUGAUGAGUGCGCCAUCUACCCAGUGGGUUUCUGCAGCACACGGGUUUACGCCAGCAUGAAAAACCCUGAGCAGCAGUGCCUGUACACCUGCCAAAUCAAGGACGGGGGGACGGGUCCCCAGUUUGAGAUUGUGCCUGAAGAAGAUCCUCAAAAUGCCAUCGUGGCGUCCUCCGCUCUGACAUGCCACUCAAAUCUGCUGAAGGCUAUUUCCUCUAACAGUUCCAAGCCUGUGGCACCAAUCAUUCCAUCUGGAGCUGACUUCUUCGGCUUCUCUCAUCCGACCAUCCAGAAUCUCAUCCAGAGCUGUCCUGGAGCUCGCAAAUGUAGCAACUACAGAUGGAUUCGUUUCGAGGUGUGUCGCCCUGGUGACGGCCAGCUCCCUCACAGCCUGUCAGAAGAUGAUGCCUCGAUUAGCUUCGAAGCCUACCUGAGACACCAAGGCCUGGAUGUGAACAUCAAGAUGGAGCACAUCACAGGACAAUCACCUCCAUCUCCUGGUGCCUCUCAUCACCAGACCUCCCCCACUGUGAAGCCAUCCUCCUAUUUCGGCUCCUGAGAUUCCCUUCAGUUUGUUCUGAAUCAUACUUUUCCUUCAUUUGAGAAACUCAGACAUAUUUAAUUUGUAAUUAUUCAGCAUUCCUUAGAGGUUGGCCUAAGGAUGUGUACAGUAUGUAAAUGAGCUGUUGUUUUUGUUGCGAUUGUUUCUUUAUAAAUGUUGAUUUUUUUAUAUGUAAUAAUCAUAUAUUACAUUUUUAUGUGUACAGUCAUAACCUGCAUUACUGAAACAAAUCCUACAUAGUUGAGUGUGAUCAUGAUACAGUGAUGUAUAUAGUAUUAAACUGAACAGUGUGUUAUAACCUGUGGAGUUAUUUUACAUACAUUUAGUUAGGGUUAGUUUUUUUAAAUAAAUCGAAAGCUAAAAGAU